UACGGGACCAGGCUCCAGGAGAGAAAGAGAGAAAAGAGAGGGAGAUAGAAAGAGAGAGAAAGCCCCACUCCGGGAUGGGCCUUUGCACCGCCAUCUGCGCUGGCAUGCUGCUCCUCCUGACCUUGCAGCUCCAAGGUCAAGGCCUGGCCAACCCCAUCUACGAGGCCGUGCCCAACAGCGACCUGGUGGAUUUCAAGGCCUUGCUGGACCGUCUGGAGGACAAGAUGCCCUCGGAAGAGGCGGCCGUGCCCUCGCAAGGAUUUAAUGAACAGAACGACGAAAUCGGGGCGGCCCUCAACCCCCUGUCGCCCUGGUCCGGGGACGUUAGUCCGGCCCAAAGGGACGGGGCCCUCGGACGGGGCCCUUGGGAGCAGCCCGAGAGAGCCGCCCUCUUGAAGAACAAACUCCGGACCCUUCUGACCGGUCCCCGCAGCCUAAGGAGAUUCUCCAGCUGUUUUGGGAGUCGCAUUGACAGAAUUGGAGCCCAGAGCGGACUCGGUUGCAACAGCUAUCGGUCUCAAAGAUAACUGCCCCAGAGGCGACACGGCCUGCUGAUUUCGCUCAGACCCUAGAGGCUUCAUAUCCUCGGUCCGGCCCGAGACUUGAACCCACGGUUCCAACUGCCAUCUCCCGGUGCCAUUUCACGACUGAUCCUUUUCAAUGUAGAUAGAACGAUUUCACCGUGGCUUUCUGUGUUUGUUUUGUUUUCUUACAUUAAAUCUGACCAAGGAUGACUGCUC